CUGCAGCCACUUGAGCGCCCAUCUCAUGUUCCUGUGUUACAGCGGCUUUUUACAUCUAGAAGGUUAUUGCCAAUAUAGGGUUGGAAGUUACCAAACCCUGUGCACUAGGCAUUAACCUUAGCAAAUGGGACAAGAGUCUUCUGGGUCUUCUGCAUUGUCCUCUGGUGACUCUCUUUCCUCUAUCCUAGAUACCACCUGCCAAGCCAGUAGUUAUUAUGAUUUCUGUGGCCCUGCUUGCCCUGCCACUUGUGCCAACCUUAGUGCAUCCCUGCUCUGCACAAAGCCUUGCGUGGCGGGAUGCUUCUGCAGGGAAGGCUAUGUUCUGGAUGCUGGAGUCUGUGUGCCUGUGAGCCAGUGUGGCUGCAUGUUGAAGGGUCAGUAUCACCAGCUGGGAGAGGUGAUGAUCCUGACAGACACCUGCCGCAGGAAAUGCAGCUGCCGGCAGCCUGCCCAGCCCAUGCAGUGCCAGGAUCAUGCCUGUGGGGCUCUGGAGAUAUGCAGCGUUGUUGGUGGCAUCCGAGGCUGUUACCCUGUGAAGUUUGGCACCUUAUGGGUGUUCGGCCACCCCCACUACACCACGUUCGAUGGAGUCACGUUUGAUUAUCAAGGAGUCUGCAAGUACACCCUGAGCAAGUACUGUGGCCCCCCAGGGAGCCUCCCCAACUUCACCAUCCAAGUGGUGAAUGAGCCGAAAAGCUCCACUGCCGUGUCCUGGACGCGCCUGGUGGAGCUAGAUGUCUACGGGGAGCGUAUUGCUAUAGUGGGGGGCCAGUACGACCAGGUGCAGGUGAAUGGAUCCCUGGUCAAUCUGCCCCUGGUCCUUGCAUCGGGUAAACUCUAUGCCUAUUUCAGCGGCUCGUCUGCUGUGCUCCAGACCGACUUUGGCCUCUCUGUGUCCUACGACUGGUCUCACUCUGUGUCAGUUUCUGUUUCUGAGAUCUACUUUGGGUCACUGUGUGGACUCGGUGGGAAUUUCAAUGGGAACCAGAGUGAUGAUUUCCGGACCCCAAACGGUUCUGUGGUCCAUGACGCUGUCACCUUUGGCAAUAGCUGGAAGGCUGCUGAUUCCCCUUUUCACUGCACGGCCGUUGGGCUCCCAGCCCAAUGUAACGAAGUAGAACUAGCCCAGUACAGAUCUCAGAGCUACUGCGGGGUCAUCGCAGACACUGCUGGGCCUUUUAAAGAGUGUAAUCAGCUGGUUGAUGCUCAGGUCCUCUUGGAGAACUGCGUGAGGGAUGUGUGUGUGACUCAGGGCAGCCGUGAGACCCUGUGUCAAGUGCUUCGCAGUUAUGCCCAGCAGUGCCAAAGUCAUGGCAUUGCCAUUGAGCCAUGGAGACAGCAGGCUGCAUGCGGUAAGUAG